UAAGUCUCACGCUGCACUUUUCUGAGCCUGAACAGCUACUAGAUACUGGCUGUAGCCUUUAUUUUCAGCCGCUUUCGUGCCGUGAUGACUUCGAUUUGGCUUGUUCUUCUGGAACUAUACCUUGCUGCUGCCAGCAGACCCUACAGGGCAAGAGUUGUGGCAGGCAACCCAAUUGUCCCCAAGAGUUGUGCUGACAGGAACCAUUGCGAGUCUGUUUUCCCAGAUUGCCUCAUCAAUGCAUCGUUGGCUGGGCCGAUCAAGAAGGCAGCGGAAGAUCAAGUGGACAUCCUGGUCUUUCCAGAAGCUUAUGGUCCGGACGACCCGUACAGCUGCACGAAGCCAGACACAUUGCUGCCAGCACCUGGCACCAUGCUUUGUCCAGACGGUGUUGCUGUGACAUCAUGGUGGGCCAAGGUUGCAUGCUUGGCUAAGCAGCAUCGUGUGCUUGUGGUGUUGGGAGUUUACGACUGGGGUGCCUGCACCCCCGGCCCAGAUCCCUUUCUUCAUCGCCCUUUCCAGUGCUUUGGAAAUCUUACAAUGUUCAACAAGGCUGUCGCCUUUGGCAUUGAUGGUACUUUGCUUGCGGUACAUCACAAACACCACUUGGCUCACAGCCUACUCCCCAAAGAAAACAUCAGCCAAAAGCGAGAUGGACUUGUUUACAAUCCCGGUCCGCUGGGAGUCUACAAUGAUGAUGUGUGUGCGGCUUGGCCGGUGCCGGACUCCACCACUUUCAUGUCUCACUUCGGUGUGAAGUUUGGAAUGAUCAUUUGCCACGAGAUCAACUUCGCCUCACCGGUGAGGUCAAUGAUCAAAGAGGGUGUCCGGGAUGUGAUUUUCCCCACCCAGUGGGGUGGGAGUUACGGUGGUUACUUUGGUGGGACCCAAAGUGGCUUUGCAGUUGCACAUCAAGUAAAUCUAUUGUCUGCAAAUGGCAUGAAUGGAGGUUCCGGCAUUUGGCCAGCUGAUCCAAACAAACCUCCAGUUCAGAUCAUCUCUACAGUGGAGUGGGUCCGCGCUUUGUGGAACGAGGAGCUCAACCCGGCCACGAGCGUGAUGGAUGGCACGCGCCUUGGUGACCAGCAGUCGGCAUUGGUGGUCCGCCUGCCUGAGACUGAAGAUGAGCAGGUGAGGUCCAUCAGGGCGGUGGACGAGAGCACUGGAGCCCAUGUGACGGAAACGACGCCUGAUGAUCCGACACCUCAGCGAUUUGGCACACUGGACCUGGAAAGCCCUGCAGCUGCGAAGCUGCCCCCGGUCAUGGCACCCGCACCUGUUCAUCCACUUCGCUCCAAGACCAGAUUGUUGGAGGCAUCUCACAUGCCAACGACAGAGCUGAGUCUACCCGAAGUACAUUGCCAGUUAGACUUACAUGAUGCAGGCGGAAAAGGCCUUUUUCUGUUUGGUACCAGCGCUGGCAUCAACGUGGUGGGCAUGUUUGAGGCAUCAUGUUGGAUCCUCAGCUGCGAGAAUUUGCAGCAGGCUCCAAGAAUGAUCCCAGAUUUCGCGAGGAUUGCCUUUUGGCCUGUGACUGAGGAGGAUCUUGCUGCUUGCAAAGGUGCUGCCCCUCUGACCUUCACGGGCACACCAAAGCUGGAGAUCACCGCGCCGGGCAGCAACUUCUUCCUCCCAGUCGGCCAAUGCCAGGACACCUCAGUUCCGACUCCACGCCCACGCACGGAAGCUGCUGGGGUCGCCCAUCGCUUGAUGCUGGCAACGCAAUGCCCUUUGAGUUUUGGUGCUAUCAGAUCCUUUUCCCAAGUUGAAUUUGAAGACCCACAGUGUCCCAGCGGCUUUUGCCCGAGCCCUACCCUUUGCAACGACUCUUCCUGGGAGUGGAAGUUCGGAGCCUGGUGUGAGAUCGUGCCGCGAAAUCUCUCAGACUUGGAGGUAGCCCAGCUCUUUGUGUAGAGACUAACGGAAACAGUCGCGCUAGGCGGCACAAUGCGGACGCAAAUGCUCGCCUGUACAUGAAAGAUAUUUUGCGGCUACAGUUGGAGCCCCGCCUCAGACCUCUUGAUGUGGCGUUUUGAACCAAAAAGCCAAUUAGGGGGCGGGAAUCAAGCUGCACCUUUGCCAUGAAAGCUCUUUGCAGUUGUAUGCAGUUUCCUUUGGGAACGCAAUGGAUGUAGUCAGUGAUUUGAGCUUUUACCCUCUAAGAUGCUUUGGAUUUGUUGGCAAUGAACGCGCAGCUGGAUGUUGCUGAUUAAAGCUUGCUUGGAACGAACUUCACCAGUGUGAAGGAUGCCUUUUUCGAUAUGCAGGGAAGCUGUUUGUGGAUUCUUUGUGUUUCCUUCAGUGAAGCGGUCAAUUCAGAAUCAUCAGGAUCAUUGCUAGUCACCGCAUGAAGCUUAGUCAGUAUUAUGAAAAAGGGAGUUAGACUCUUGAGUCUAGAUGCUUCUGCUGUUGUUUGGGUGGCAUUGCAGAGCACGCCUACUUGGCCAUAUUAUUGCAAUAUCAUAUCGCUAUCAAAUGUGUGGAGUCAGGGUUCCAACGGUGGAAGUCCACCUUGCACACAUGCCAACAUGCCGUGCUUCCAUCACAUUCUUCAAUAGAGCUUAGCAGCCUCAGCCUCUUGAAGACUUACCUUUUCAACA